AACAUUUCAAACUGUAAAGCUAAUUGAACAAAACAUGGUCUUGAACAAUAUGGCCAGUACAAUGUGCCUGCCGCCUCAGUCCCAAAAUCUGCCACUGCCUCUGCCUAUGUCGCUGCCGCAGCCCAGUCCGGUGCCCAGUCCGCCGGCCAGCAAGUCGCGCAUCCAGAUCGAAUGGGAUAUCAAUGAUACGAUUGUGCCGACGGUCAGUGAAUUCGAUGACUUCAAUGAUUGGGCCAACGGCCACUGUCGCCUCAUCUAUGCCGGGCACAACGAGGACGCCAAGAAGCAUGCCAGCGGCUGGGCCAUGCGCAACACCAACAAUCACAACGUGAACAUCCUGAAGAAGAGCUGCCUGGGCGUGCUGCUGUGCAACGCCAAGUGCCGACUGCCCAAUGGAGCCAGCGUGCAUCUGCGUCCGGCCAUCUGCGACAAGGCGCGGCGCAAGCAGCAGGGCAAACAGUGCCCCAAUAGAAAUUGCAAUGGACGCCUCGAGAUUCAGCCGUGCCGCGGCCACUGCGGCUAUCCGGUCACCCACUUUUGGCGUCGCGCUGGCAAUGCCAUCUACUUCCAGGCGAAGGGCACACACGAUCAUGCUCGGCCCGAGGCCAAGGGCUCCACGGAGGCGCGUCGCCUGCUCGCGGGCAACAGACGCGUGCGCAGCCUGGCCGUCAUCCUGGCCAGCGAUGCGGCACUCAAUGAUAAGCUGUGCAGCCUGCGCAGCAGCAAGCGUCCAAUGAAGACGCCACGCAAGCAGCGUGCCAACAACAACACCGAACUCUUGCCGCAGAACUAUCAGCCAGCAGGAGCAGCAGCAGCAACCGCAACAGCAGGAGCAGCAGCAACAACAACAAGCAACCCGACAAGCUUCAAUCAAACGCCGAGCAGCAGCAGCAGCUUUGUCACGCCGCAGUGGAGCACAGCGGACGGCUACUAUCAGCAGGAUGCGGGACUGGGCUAUGGCAGCGGCAUCUACGGCUACGACAUGCUGCACUCGCCACUCUCCACCAACAGCUCCACGGCCAGCUACUACAAUGCAGCAGAGUCGCAGCAGCAGCAGCAACAGCAGCAACAACAACAUCAGCAGCAGCAACUGUUGCUGCCACAGGGCAACGCCUACGAUCAGCUGACGACGACGACGACUCCUGUCGGCUACCAGGCGGGCAUGAAUCUAUACGAGAGCUGCGACGACACCUCCAGCCUGACCAGCAGCUCCGGCUACAGCUCCGAGGACUACAGCUACUUCAAUGGCUAUGUGCCACAGAGCUUGGAUCUGAGCGGCAGCUCCAAUGCCAGCCCAGAUAAUUUCUAUACGCCGCACUCGGAGAUCUUCAGCGUGUUCGAUCCGAACAUCAACAGCGGCGGACCAUCCACUGUGGAGCUGCUGUACGACGAGGCCACAGCCUAUCAGCAGCAAACACUCCAGCAACAGCAGCAGCAGCAGCAAUCCUUCUCCUACCAGCAGCAGCAGCAACAUCCUACGGCGGAUUACUACUACAGCAACACGGGCGUGGACAAUGUAUGGAAUAUUCAAAUGGAUGCAAGUGUCACAACGGCGCCAUACCAAACGCCAGCUAGCCUCGAGUCAGGCAUUGGCGUCUUCUGUUAAUCCCCACCAGAUCUCGAUAGCAACUCAGUCCCCUCUCGGAAACACUCACUCAAGCGUUGUUCUAGUCUCUAGUCGAACCCACAUCUCCAGCGCCCUCAGCCAGUUGUGCCCGCUCCAAUGUUUUGUUGUUGCCCCACCUGCUCGCUUGUUGGUUUUUGGUUUUAUUUGUAUCUUUAUGACGUUUAACACUUUUCAUGUUUCUAGCUCCUAAGUCCAUUGCGUACAUUAUGUUUACCCAGCUAUUCCAAAGUUUUUAGCUUAAGUGCAUAAGUCUAUUAGUAUGUUAGUUAUCUAAGCGACAAACACCCACCUAUUUAUGAAUUUUGUAAUAAAAACAACAGAAAC